UUAAAAUCCGGAAAAUCCUUUUUUCCUGAUUAAAUAUGAUUGAAGGAUAAAUACAAAUACAGUUUUAAAAUGUGUUAGCGUAUAUUUUCUAAUUCGGAACUCAUAUAAAACAUCAAAACGGACAUCAAUUUGAAUUAUGCUGCGCGCAAUCUCGAUAUAUCGUCAGAACGUCCGUGAAAACCUUUCAAUUGUGUCCAGUCAUCUGGUGAAGUGUGGUUAUGUUUGGCCGGGAAAUGAAAAUCGUCAGACUAUAGGAAAUCAGUGAAAAUACGCCAAUAUAAAUAAGACAGAGCAUAAUGCAAAGGACGUUUUAUGUAUUGGACCAAAACAGUGCUGUGGAUGUGUACAUAAUCAAGAGAAGGCGCGUCAGGAAAUGUGCUGGAGAGAAUCUACGGGAAAAUGCAUCCCAAUUGCUCGAAGUUUCCACAGUUUUCCACGCAAAUGGCUAUGAAAUUCACCACUUCCUGCUGUGCUUGGCCACAGGAUGGCAAUCAAGGGCGAUCGUGAGUGGGAAUUUGGAUCGAUUCAGCAGAGUUGUUGUCCAGGUCAAGGAUCCGGCGAAGAACUUCAUAGACUUCAGAGGCUGCCGGAUCGCCUGUCAAAUCGCGUGGGAGCGAGCAGAGCUGGAUAACUUGCUGUCCUGGUUCUCCACUCUUGGCGGUGCCUUCUCAUCUUUGGGGGAUGAUUUUGAGCAUUGCGCACACAUCGCUGGCCAGAUCUCCAUGAAACAGCUCAAAAUCGCCCUGAAACUCGGUGAUCCGCACACGAUAGCGCGCUGCAAGCUGUACUUCAGCAUCUCCCUGAUCCAGCGCGGACGUCUUCGGUCGGCGAAGUACCUCAUCCGGGAGCAAUACGCCUUCGCCAUGUCAUCACCACAGCCAGACGAGCGCCUGGUGAGGAUGUGCCUAGGCAUCUGGGCAAAGUUGCAGUACACUCACGCCCAGAGAGAAGUUUCAAAAGCAAUAAAACACUAGUUUUGCCUCUAGAAAA